ACGCGUUUUUAUAAGUAAAACUUCCAGGUGUUAGCUUGCUAGCCGGCUAAGUUUGGGCAAACUUUACUUUUAAGGGAUCGUCGUCAAACGUGUUGUCGCCAGCGGGGAGGGAGCGGCGCAGACGGCCGCGGAGGCGCUGCGCCGCUUUAAGUGAAACGGGGAGGCCUUGAAACCGCCAUGUUUGUAUCGAGCGCAGCGGAGCGACCAUGUUGAAUCAAAGUUCUUCUUGACAAAUGUUUGGGAACUUUCGGGCUUGGAACGGGAGCGAACGGAGCGCGCGUGGCAGCGAUGGCGGCGCCGUAGGCCGCCGGCGGCGAUGUUUGGGCGACGUUUCCUGAGUGGGCGAAGAGUUGCUGAAAAAGUUUAUCAGGUCUGAGCUCAGCAAUCCGGAUCGGACCUGGACGUGAUGGACAAUCCGUCCUCAGUGAUCACACAAGUGAGCCGGGAUGAAGAAGGAAGCAAAGCGGGCGCAGACAGAGGUUCAUCACCGUCUCUGUCCUCGAAGAAGCCGAGGAGCGGAGGACUCUUCUCCAGUAUUUUCUGCUGCCUUUGUCGGGACCGCCCACCUGAACCCCCACCCGUCAACAACAAUGCCCCCCUGCUGGUCGAAGAAAAUGGCACCAUCUCGAAGAUCCAGGUGAAGCCACUGCUGCCUCCAGUGAAGUCAAAAGACUCCGGAAAGCUCUGUGUGGUCAUAGAUCUGGAUGAGACAUUAGUUCACAGCUCGUUUAAGCCUGUGAACAAUGCAGAUUUCAUCAUUCCUGUGGAAAUAGAUGGAACAGUACACCAGGUGUACGUCCUGAAGAGGCCUCAUGUCGACCAGUUCCUGAAGAGGAUGGGGGAACUGUUUGAGUGCGUUUUGUUCACGGCCAGUUUAGCCAAGUAUGCUGACCCUGUUUCCGAUCUCCUGGACAAGUGGGGAGCUUUUCGUUCUCGCCUCUUCCGGGAGUCCUGCGUCUUCCACCGAGGGAACUACGUGAAGGACCUAAGUCGCUUGGGUCGUGACCUGAAUAAGGUCAUCAUCGUGGAUAACUCCCCUGCCUCCUACAUCUUCCACCCCAACAAUGCAGUUCCUGUGGCCUCGUGGUUCGACGACAUGUCUGACACCGAACUGCUGGACCUCAUCCCAUUUUUCGAGAGGUUGAGCAAAGUAGAUAACGUCUACACGGUGCUCAAACAAGGCAUGGCGAGCUAACAGUGUUGGACGUUUCAUCUUUGAUCCGAACAAAGCGGAAAACGUACACCAGCUGCAGUUCCAGUAUCACAGACCGCUUCACAACACUUCACCACCGCACAGCGGAAAAGCUGUGUUUUACUGCCCCCUCAUGGUCAAACUGAGAACUGUCCUUUAACCCUCCCCUUCAGGCUGAUGGAGGGGAAACGAGUGGAUGGAUGCCAAGAAGCACUUAAAGCAGAAAUCUGCAACCGUGAAUUCUGGGUACUGGACAAACGCUGAUCCUGAAGAACUGAUGCAUAAUAUGAUCAGCGGGAUUCAAGCGGAAACAUUAAUAUGCAAAUGAACUGUAUCCAUCUUGCUGUUGAAAGAAAGACCAGUCGGUGCUGGCAUACUGUAGGUUUUUCUUUUUAAGGUUUUUCCGAAGCAUUAUGAUUGACACAUGCGCUAGCGUCCUUAAUUUUUUUUUUUAACACUAUUUCUCAUCAGCCAACAAUAUGAUUGGCUGUCUCUUUAGAUUUGUUGAGAAAAGUGGCCAUGAAUUUUGGAAUAAUCAUGACAUGAUCAAAAAUAAGUUUUUACCCUUUUGCCCCUUUUUAACUAAAAGAUGUUUAAAAGCGUAACUGAAAGAUGUUUCAGAUGUUUAGUUCUGGUUUCUGUGCUGUUCCUGCCAGCAAACCAAUUUUUAACAUUUUGUAAAGCAUUUUCUUAUUUUAUUUUAAAUAGCACUUUGUAAUAAAAGGGUAUUUUGCAUUUUUAAUCUGGACACUUGUUUGUAUUUGAAUUAUUUAAGAUUGUUGUGAAAAAUUUAUUUUUAAUUGGGGGGGAAUCAGUACUGGUAUUCACUUUUUUUUGUUUUGUUUUCUGUAACAGGUGACUGCAGUAUUUUAUUUUUUUUUUAUUUAACACUAAUGCGAAGCCUCAGCACGCGACUGUGAAAGAGCAGUUGCUGUACGUGUUGAAUGUGGAUUAGCGAAGGUCAAAGUGCACUAAAGCUAAAGCACUGCCAGAGAGGACCAGGUUGUGUUGGAUUGAUUUCUAAAUCACUUUGGAAUCAGUGUUUGUUGACGUAUUGGCUCUGAACAGCGGCUUCAGGUUUGUGGUUGUUUGAGCGGAUUUGUUUUUCUUUUAAAGGGGUUAUAUUACACGCCUUUUGACAAGCUAACACAAGUUGCAGAUUGUAACCCAAAAUGCAUCACAAGUUUUCCAGGAAUGACUGGAUUUCCGGAUGGACGCAUGGCGCCAUCUAUACUUCACAUUAUGUUGACGUAAUCUGCGUCACUUCCGAGAUCAUGUGGUCAGGUGUUAGCAUUAUCAUAUGCAGUCAUGCUAGCUGCGGUUGAUGUUAACAAUGGUUGACACCAUGUAUUCGUAUGUGGUAAUGCAAACCGCUAUUAACGUUCAUGUUAUCCUUCAUAUGUCCGGUCAGUAAUCCGUUCUGCCAUGUUGGCAUAAACAUGUUUGGCGUACACACUAACCACCAGACCGUCAGGUUAAUUUCGACAUGUGCAGGCAGAAUUGUGGGACUUUGUGAUCCUUUAAAAAAAAAAAAAGGCUAUGACCUCUUUAAAUGUAGAAACGUGAAUUGUUGACUAAAGUUGGCAAAUGAAAGUUGUUUGUGUGCAUUAAGGUAUGUUUUGUCUUCUUAAGCGGUACACGUGGCUGGAAAUGUUUCGUGACUUGUCUAUAAAAUAUGUGCGUGCGUGUGUUUUGUUUAAGCUAGGUUGGGGU